CCCCGGCCGGUCCCUCCGUCCGUCGCCGAAGGAGAGCCAGGAGAGGAGGAGGCGGAGGAGGCCCGGCAGGGACGCGGCGGCGGCGGCGCCUGCGCAGAGGGGACCCGGCCGGCGGCGGGCGUCGCGUGGGAAGCGGCUGACACGUGGAGGCGCCUCGGUCCGCAGCCUUUCAAGUACACAAUUUCAAAAGUUGGUGCACUAUUUAAGAAUACUCAGCGGUGAAGCCCCGUUGCUUAUGAGCGCAGGUCCGCUGGUGUCUGAUCCCGUCACGCUGAACAUGGAGAAUGAGGAAAAGCUGGUCAACAAAGGCGAGGAAGAUGAGAUGAAGAUCUACGGCUACACGUUUUGCCGGUGGAAGAUGGUCUUGGUGGCUGUGGGGGUGCUGUGCACGGGCGGCUUCCUCCUCCUCCUCCUCUACUGGAUGCCUCAGUGGCGGGUGAAGGCGACGUGCAGGAGGACUUCCCUCCGAGGCAGCAAAGUGGUUCUGCUGCGGACAACAGAUGAAUUCCAGACAUGGUUUUGUGCAAAGGUUCGCAUUGUGCUUUCUUUGGGGCCCAAUCUGUUGCAGACUCCAAAAUAUGCAUCGGAGAAGAUGACAAAUGGCUGCAGUGGUCAUUUGGACAUCAACCUGGCUGAAGAGGGCGAAAAUGAUUUGAGCAGACGUUCCCAGGCUCACCUACAGGAGAUCCGUUAUUUCACCCACCACAGCGUGAAGUAUUUCUGGAAUGACGCCGUGCAGAACUUCAGCUCCAUAAAGGGUCUGGAUGACUCCACUUCCUGUUCGGCAAUCCAUAAUGAACACAGUGCAGGGCUGACCAAGGGGAUGCGAGAUUACAGAAAAUUAUUCUACGGAGUAAAUGAAAUUGCCGUGAAAGUGCCUUCCGUUUUUAAACUUUUGAUUAAGGAGGUCCUCAAUCCUUUUUACAUUUUCCAGCUGUUCAGUGUGAUCUUGUGGAGCACAGAUGAAUAUUACUACUAUGCAGCAGCCAUUGUGAUAAUGUCUCUGAUCUCUGUUGUUAGCUCACUGUAUACCAUCCGGAAGCAAUACAUGAUGCUUCAUGACUUGGUAGCUGCUCACAGCGUCACCCGGGUGUCGGUCAGCAGAGCAAACCAAGGCGUGGAGGAGAUCCUUUCCACGGAGCUGGUGCCUGGGGACGUCAUUGUGGUCCCUCUGAACGGGAUGAUCAUGCCUUGCGACGCGGUGCUCCUCAGCGGGACCUGCAUCGUGAACGAGAGCAUGCUGACAGGCGAAAGCGUUCCCGUCACAAAGACCAACCUGCCGAACCCGACGGAGGAGUCCAAGGGGGGCCUGGCGGACGAGGUGUACAGUCCCGAGGGGCACCGGAGGCACACCUUGUUCUGCGGCACGACCGUCAUCCAGACCCGCUUCUACACCGGGGAGCUGGUCAAAGCCAUUGUGGUCAGGACAGGCUUCAGCACUUCUAAAGGGCAGCUGGUCCGCUCCAUCCUGUAUCCAAAGCCAACGGAUUUCAAGCUCUACCGAGAUGCCUACAUGUUCCUGCUCUGCCUGGUGGGGGUGGCAGGGGUCGGCUUCCUCUACACCAUUGUCAUCAGCAUUCUCCACAAGGUCUCGGCCGACAUCAUCAUCAUCGAGUCUCUGGACAUCAUCACCAUCACGGUGCCGCCCGCUCUUCCUGCCGCCAUGACGGCGGGGAUCGUUUACGCACAACGGCGGCUGAGGAAGAUUGGCAUCUUCUGCAUCAGCCCUCAGAGGAUCAACAUUUGCGGCCAGCUGAACCUCGUGUGCUUUGACAAGACAGGCACCCUUACCGAAGACGGCCUGGAUCUCUGGGGAAUCCAGAGGGUUGAAAACACUCGUUUCCUCUUGCCAGAGCAAAGCGCUUGCAGCGAGAGCCUCGUCAAGUCGCCUUUCAUUGCCUGCAUGGCAACCUGUCACUCCCUGACCAAAAUCGAUGGAGUCCUUUCAGGAGAUCCGCUUGACUUGAAGAUGUUUGAAGCCACUGGAUGGAUUCUCGAAGAAGCGACGGAGGAGGAGACCGCCCUCCACAACCGCAUCAUGCCCACCGUGGUCCAGCCACCCAAGCAGCUUCUUCCCGACCCAAAGCCGGCAGCCGACAAGGACAUGGAGCUCUUUGAACUUUCGGCCAGUUACGAGAUUGGCAUCGUGCGGCAGUUUCCCUUUUCCUCCGCUCUGCAACGGAUGUGCGUGGUGGCCAGAGCCCUCGGGCAGAAGAGGAUGGAUGCCUACGCCAAAGGGGCUCCGGAGGUGGUUGCCGGACUGUGCAAGCAAGAGACAGUGCCGGUGGAUUUCGAGAGGGUGUUGGAGGAGUACACCAGGCAGGGCUUCCGUGUCAUUGCCCUUGCGCACAGGAGGCUGGAAUCCAAGCUGACCUGGCACAAGGUCCAGAAUGUCGCCCGAGAUGCCAUUGAGGCCAACAUGGAUUUCCUGGGUUUAAUUGUCAUGCAGAAUAAGCUCAAGCAAGAAACCCCAGCGGUGCUUGAAGUUCUGCACAAAGCCAAUAUCCGCACAGUCAUGGUUACAGGUGACAACAUGCUGACGGCCAUCUCUGUGGCCAGGGACUGUGGGAUGAUUCUACCUCAAGAAAAGGUGAUCAUUGCUGAAGCCCUGCCCCCCAAGGACGGCCAGACCGCCAGGAUCAACUGGCAUUAUGCAGAUGCCCUCGCCAAAGGCACCGAUUCCCCACCAGCCAUUAACUCGGAGGAUAUCCCCGUCAAAUUGCCCCCCGAGAGACUCGAGGACCCCCACGUGACCAAGUACCACUUUGCGAUGAACGGGAAGUCCUUUGCUGUCAUCCAGGAGCAUUUCCAGGACCUCGUCCCAAAGCUUGUGUUGCAUGGCACAGUGUUUGCCCGCAUGGCACCGGACCAGAAAACCCAGCUGGUGGAGGCUUUGCAAAACGUAGAUUACUACGUGGGCAUGUGUGGCGACGGGGCAAACGACUGCGGGGCACUGAAGAGGGCGCACGGUGGCAUUUCCCUCUCGGAGCUGGAGGCCUCUGUGGCGUCUCCCUUCACCUCCCGGACGCCCAGCAUCUCCUGCGUGCCAAGCCUGAUCAGGGAAGGCCGGGCUGCUUUAAUAACCUCCUUCUGUGUGUUCAAAUUCAUGGCUUUGUACAGUAUUAUCCAGUACGUCAGUGUCACCCUGCUGUAUUCUAUCCAGAGCAACCUGGGAGAUUUCCAGUUCCUCUUCAUUGAUCUCGCAAUAAUUUUGGUGGUGGUCUUCACCAUGAGCCUGAAUCCUGCCUGGAAGGAGCUUGUGGCUCAGAGGCCCCCCUCCGGCCUCAUCUCGGCUCCCCUCCUCUGCUCCGUCCUCUCCCAGAUCCUCAUCUGCCUUGGCUUCCAGACCCUGGGCUUCCUGUGGGCCAGGCAGCAGCCCUGGUAUGAGACCUGGACCCCUCACUCAGACGCCUGCAAUGUUUCUAGGGGUCCCUUUGCCAACACCUCUCAGCACAAGAACAAGACCCUCCACGACGAGCACAACAUCAGGAACUACGAGAACACGACGGUCUUCUUCAUCUCCAGCUUCCAGUACCUCAUUGUCGCUGUGGCCUUUUCCAAAGGGAGGCCCUUCAGGCAGCCUUGCUACAAAAACUAUCUCUUCGUUAUCUCUGUGAUCGUUCUGUAUGCCUUCGUCCUUUUUGUCCUGCUGCAUCCCCUGCAGCCCAUCGACUGGUUCCUUGAGCUGGUCUGCGUGCCGUAUCCGUGGCGAAUCCGGAUCCUCCUCAUCGUUGUCAUCAACGCCUUUGUCUCCCUUCUGGUGGAGAAUUUCCUCCUUGACACCAUCCUUUGGAAAGUUGUCUUCCACCGAGACAAGCAAGGGGAAAACCGCCUAGGCUCCUCCUCCUCCUCCUCUUCUUCCUUCUCCUCUUCCUCCCACCCAUCACAGGAGGCCUUGGGGUGCUGCCGCGGCUGCGCCCUCCCCUCGGUGCUGGGCUUCCGGAAGAGGAAGAAGCCCCCGAAAGCCAAAUACGUUCACUUGGCCCAGGAGCUGCUGGUGGACCCCGAGUGGCCGCCCAGGCCCUGCACCACGACGGAGGCCAAGGCCCCCCUGGCCCACCAGAACGGCGCCUGCCAGGUCAUCACCGUCACGUAGCAGUGGCCUGGCCGGGCGCGUCCUCUUGCCCUCUCUGGAGACACUUCCGCCUGCGGAGCACGUGUUCGGGGCCCUCAGGCCGCCCCCUCGCCCCCCUCCAUCCCUGGAGUUCAGCGUCCCGUCGAAAGAGAACUUUUCACAAGCAAUGCAAAACGUUGGGUGUUUUUCCAGCCGGCUUCUCCGAGCCUCAUUCCGCUGGCCAGUUCUGGGCUCAGGCACUGCUCCUCUCGCCCCUGGCAUGGCGCUGGUUCCUUCCACCUCGGCGGCUGGCCUGGGGGACUUUUGGAGCCCAGCAAGGAGGGGGUGAGUCGCCCUUACCAGAAAGUGUGGGUGUUGUGUGUGUUUGCCAAACUUGGUGCUGGAUGCCACUGGUCUGCGGUGUGCUGCAGAGCCUGACCCCGGCCGCCUUGCAUGGAGCAGAGGGUGCCGGACGUCACGGUUAGUUUCCAAGUCCCCUCCUGGCACCCCCCGCUCUGUGCCAAGGCUUUGCCCGACUUGGCUUCGCUACAGGCUCCGUGCAGGAAGCAGGCAAAGCAUCUGCCCCCUGGCUCAGCCAUAUUCUUUACUGAGAAAUAGGUAAAAGAAUUGCUCCACCACCAGCACCAAGUGCUUUAAAUCUGCUGAGGCCACGCUAGGUCUCUGGCCUGUUUACACACGCCUGUGCGCGCACACCGAGGUGCUCCAGGGGCCAAGGAUCAUUUGGCUACUCCUGGCUCCUGGGUGCCAAGGGCUGACCCCCCUCCCUUCCCCAGGCUCUGCCUCCGUCCGCAGAGGCCCCUUGGCUUCUGUGGCUGGGCCUCCCUCUGGCCAUGGGGCACCCACCCCAUCUGUGUGUGGGGGGGUCUUUGCUUUGGAAGUCCAAGCCCAGUGGCCCUGAUCCUGCCCUGGGGCUGCUGAUGCCCCUGGCAGAGAGGAGCCUUGCAGAGGAGGCAGCCCGUGCACUGGGAGGGGCACCUGCAAGCCUUCGAGGAGGAAAUGACCCUCUGAGGACAGCGUCUCUUGAGCGGCAGCAAAACCGCCGGCUCCAUUUCCUGCCGUUUCAUACCUCAAGAAAAAGGUGGUGUUGGAAGCAGCGUCUGGGCGGCUCCUGGCCCCAGAGUCCUCCUCUUGCAGGGGCCUGGCCCCCAAGGGGGCAAACGCCUUGGGCCUCUGCCGCCUGCUUCCCUCUCCCUUCCCACCGUGGUGCUGCCUCGUGGAGGGUGGUUGGGACCCGGCGCUCUGACACCUCGGGGUGCGAGUGGAGCAGGUUGACGGAGCCUGCAGCAGCAGCAGCAGCAGCGACUUUCUCUCUCUCUCCCCUGUUCAAACUGCACGGUUAUUUUGCUUAAAAAGAAGGAAGAGAUCCUCCAUGAAGCUAUGCAUCUUUUGACCUUGGGACUGUGACUUGCCAGCACUUCAUUGGACUGUGCAGUAGCUCCGUUGGUGUGUGAGAGAGAGGCAGAGAGAGCGUCUUGCGUUUCAGGAGCAAUGCAGGAGAGUCCUGGCCAGGGGAAGGGAAGGUGUGUCUGUUUCAAGGAGUCUCGCUGGCUGCCCCCGUGCUUCCCAGGGGAAAACCGCUGGGAAGCAAAAAUCUGGGACUCUCCUGGGCAGCCAGGUCUCACUAAGGGGCUGGGGGAAGCCAUUUGUUAGUGUGGUGGCGAGAAGUGACCUGGCCUGGGAGUUUGGGGCGCAUUUGCUUUUGGCCUCCCUGAGAUCUGGGCUGGGGUUCAGCCGCUGUUCCUCUUGGGGCGAGCUUGGAAAAGAGGUUCGUCUUCUGGCCUCCGGAAUCCAGCUUCCACGCCAAAUUCUGAGUUGGUAUUUUUUAAAAAAAUUAAUAAAUUGAGGACUCCUUUUCUUGCUGAAUCUUCCUCAAAAGCUUGUGAAUUCAGGUGAACAAGAUGGUUUAAUGGGGGGCCCUCCAACACUCCGGAAAGCUGUUUUGCCUUUCUGCAGUCAAAUCCAGGGUCACGUCGAGAACUUGGAAUCUGAGUUCCUUAUUAAAUUAUUUGCGUUUUGUGGACCUAAAGUCUAAAUUUGUCCUUCUUUGUGUCAGGAUUGUAAAUAUGGCCAAUUAAAUAUUUUUAAUUUAAUUUUAAUUAUUAUUAUUUAUGCACAUAUCUAAAGGACUAGCUCAAGAGAAGAAUAACCAGAUUUUAAAAUGAUAUAUAUAGAUAUAUAUCGGUAUCCCUCAGGGUUAUUUUUAAAGCUUUUAUCUUCUUCCCUUACCAGGUAGCUAAUGAUACGGUCAUAGGAUCUCUGGGUGCCCCUUUCCAUGUGUCUGUAUAUCUUUGGGGGUAGCGAUGGGGCACAUCUCUCCCCAGUCCAGGCUUGCACAUGCGACUGGGGACAGCUCCCUGGGGCUCCAGCCUUCACGGUGGAGCCUGAAAAGUGUGUGUGUGUGUGUGUCUGUUUGUGCGUGUGCCCUUCCGGUUAUUAGUGCUAAAAUUCUACUGUAGAAUACAAUGCAAAAAAAGCCACUUGAUUUGAAAGUGGAGAAUCAAUUUCUCAUUGCAAUCUUCACAUUGGAUACUUUUGAACAAAAUUGCACUCAUUUUAAAAUUUAUUUAUUUUUAGUAGAGAGCAUUUAUGAGGAUUGCCCUCCUAACUGGAUGAGUUAAUCUACUGUAGUUAUCAGGACUGUGUCUGCACAGGGUCCGAGUGAAAGAGAUGAAGAAUCCUUUUUCUUAAAUGCUGCAAGUUCCUUCUGAAACGAUUUCCUCCGUUGUCUCAGGCCUCAAGACUUGAGAAGAGCUCCAUGACUUUAUCCCUCAAAAAUCCCCGUUCCGAAAUGAAAUGUUUGUAUAUUAGAAUACAAGUUUUAUUUAAUGGCUCUGUCUGACAUGCUAGCUUUAUGCCACAUAAUGUCAGGCUUUUAAAAACCCCAUUUCCAAUGAACUUCUAAACUCUGGGGUCGAUGACGCAGCCCCACCGCCAGCGCCUCAGGUUCAGUUGAUGGACGAGACCCGGCCGUCUCAGAAGGUUCCAGAAACCGGCCCCUUCGUUCCAGGGGCGCCGGCCAUCUCCUCCAGGAAAUGUCUGUUUGUGCUGCUUUUAUAAUGGUACCGGUUGUAAUAAAGGCAUUUUGUGUCAUUGUACAUAGUCAUAGCCCUGUAAAAUCUUUUGUGUGCGUGUGAUUUAAGCUAUUUGAAAUAAAGUUGUGAUUCGCUUGCCCUUUCCA